CUACCAAACAACAGGUUGUUGGGUUUUGGGAUAGGACCAAAAAAGAAGGAACAAAAGAAAUGAGAGAGGCAAACGGAGAUGAAUUCGUCUAGAUCCGUGUCGGUUUUGGUGAAACCAAUAGCAGUGCUAGCAGUUACCUUCAGUAGCACCAUUUUCUUCGUACUACUCCUCUCCAACCCCAAAACCCAACCUUUGUCGCAAUCUCGAGAACCAGGAGGCUCGAUGGCUCGAAGCUUUGUUCUCUGGCUUCAUGGGUUGGGCGAUUCUGGCCCUGCCAACGAACCCAUCAAGUCACUCUUCACUUCGCCUGAGUUCAGAAACACCGCCUGGUCUUUCCCUUCUGCUCCUUCCACUCCCGUCACCUGCAACAAUGGUGCUGUGAUGCCUUCAUGGUUUGAUCUUCAUGAAAUACCAGUAACAGCUGAUUCUCCUAAUGAUGAAAGUGGUGUCCUGAAAGCAGUCCGGAAUGUGCAUGCAAUGAUAGAGAAGGAGGUAGCUGCUGGCACUCAUCCUGAUAAUAUAUUUGUAUGUGGAUUUAGUCAAGGAGGAGCCUUGACCUUGGCAAGUGUUCUACUAUACCCAAGAGCUCUAGGAGGAGGUGCAGUUUUCAGUGGAUGGGUUCCUUUUAAUUCAUCUAUAAUAGAACAAAUCUCACCAGAUGCAAAGAAGACACCUAUUUUGUGGUCUCAUGGUAUGGCUGACAGAACGGUGAUCUUUGAAGCUGGACAAGCAGGUCCACCAUUCCUUGAACGAGCUGGUAUAAGCUGCGAGUUUAAGGCUUAUCCAGGUCUUGGCCAUUCAAUAAACAACGAGGAGCUACGUUACUUGGACUCGUGGAUCAAGGCUCGUCUCCAGAGUUCUUCCUGAAGCUGUUGAGUUUAAUGGACUUCUGAUUUGUUACCUUAGUUUCUCGGUGCUUCAAUUGUUGGUUAAUCUUUAUAUAUGGAUGACAUCCUUGAUUUUAUGUUACGAACUUAACCAAUAUGGUAAAAGACUCGUGUCCGUAUCUUAUGUUACAUGAGCUUGGAUACGAGUGUCACUGGGUGUGGGCGUCUUAAUGUCCAAUUCAUCUAAAUUCCACAUUCAGGACGUUGGACAUAACAAAAUAUUCAUAUUUCUCAAUAAAUUUCUUCUCUUUUUAGGGUAAAAAGAUGUUUACAA